GACAAGGAGGAGGAGGAGAAGAAGACAGAGAAAACAGACAAGGUGGAGGAGGAGAAGAAGAUAAAGACAGAGAAAACAGACAAGGUGGAGGAGGAGGAGAAGAAGAAGAAGAAGAAGAAGAAGAAGACAGAGGAAACAGACAAGGCGAAGGAUGAGAAAUCCGAGAAAAAAGAGCUUAAAAGUCCUGAGAGGAAAAUGGACAAGACAGCAGACACAGUUGAUAAGGCCAAAAAAACUGCAAGUAAACCUUCAACCAAUGGGAGCGGUGCUGCACCAAGCAGGGACCUGCCAAGUCCAGACAAGAAGACCAAGCCUGUUGCUGGGGCAACCAAACCGAGCGCUGCUAAGCCGCGGCCGAGCUCGGCAGCAUCCGUCAGUGCUGCCGCCCCCAAACGCCCCACCCAUUCCUCCACCUCAGCCACACUCAGCAAAAAAACGCCCAUGCCCAAGGCCCCCACCCCCACCACUGCCCACAAGCGACCCUUGUCCGCAGCCAACCUUUCCACGUCUGGCGCCGCCGCCACCUCCACCCCUGCGUCCCGUGAAGUCAAGUCUAAGACCACAGAGAGACGUCCUCUAGUACCAAAGGCGACCACCACCUCCACGGCUCCAAAUGCUGCCCCCAAAAACGUCUCUGCUACCACGGCAACCAGUAAACCAGCCAUGGCGCCCCGCACCGCCACAAGCACACCCGCAACCAGACGCCCCCUGGCAUCAAAGACUGACAGCAAGCCAGGAGAGGAAAUCAAGCCCAGCACUCUGAAGUCAACAACAGCUGACUCCACCCGGCCCCGGAUAAGCACCACCAAUGCCACCCCCCGUGUCCGCGCCACCACCACCAAACCAGCCCCCGCCCCCUCCUCCACAGUACCAGAGAAGAAGCCCCCUGGGCCCCGUGUCCCCCGUCCCACCUCUAACACCACCUGGGGCAAUGUCAGCGCCUCGGGGACCACCUCCCACCCAAGCACAGCCCCCGCACCUGACAUCCGCAACGUGCGCUCAAAGAUCGGCUCCACGGACAACAUGAAGUACCAGCCCGGAGGGGGGAAGGUCUCUGGCAGGAGCGACGCCCUGGGCCAAGGCUCCUCCUCCAAAGAGACCAGACAGGCUAAAGUUCAGAUAGUCACCAAAAAGCUGGACUUCAGCCACGUCACCUCACGCUUGGGUUCCAAGGACAAUAUCAAGCAUGUUCCUGGUGGAGGGAAGGUUCAGAUACUCAACAAAAAGGUGGACUUAAGCAAAGUGACAUCAAAGUGUGGCUCCAAGGCCAACAUCAAACACAAGCCUGGGGGCGGCGAUGUGAAGAUCGAGUCCCAGAAAGUGAACUUCAAGGAUAAGGCUAAAUCCAAAGUGGGUUCAAUGGACAACCUGUGUCACGGGCCCGGCGGUGGCAACAUCGAGGCUGAGGGGGCCCAGGAGAUAGCAGAGCGGAAUGAGGUUCCCCCCAGUGAUACCCCAGUUCCAGCCACGGUGCCAGGACAGGCAAGCAGCCCCUCCCGGGAGAAUGGGGUAAAGGAGGAUGCCCCCUGCCAGGACCUCCAUGACCCCCAGGGCCUGGACUCAAACAUCCCUGAGACAAAUUGAGUCUUUCAAGCUCAACUUCUGCUAGAACGCCUGCUCUCGCACGGAUCACGGCGCCGACAUCAUAACCUGGCCAGCCCCAGACAACAGCCCCUCACACCUGCAACCCAGUGUCUCUCUCAAUGACUUCCUGGCCUCUGCCGGCUACCCCCAGCCCCUUCCCUCUUCCCCCCGCUAGGGCAUGGGGCAACGGAACACUAGCAGGACUCGGAUCAUGACCCUCAACCCCACACCCUAGUUCCAAACACCUCACCCUUCCUAUGAUCUAAUUCAUGUAUCAUGUUAUUACGCCUACCCUGCGCUACCUACCUACCGCUGUCCUGUUCCCAUUGGCUGAGCUGACAUUGUACAUACAGUAGACCAAGCUUCAGGCAGGGUGGGAUAUCAAUGGGAGGGUAAUGGAGGCUUGCCAUGUUCUCUCUGAUUUGUCUGGUUGUGCUAAUCUUGUAUUAAUGUGCUCGGAGGACUUUUCUAGGAUCAUGGUUUUCCGUUGGUCCCUCUGAUCAGGUGAUGGGAGGGGCGAUGGGCUGUGUUGUAUAUGAACCUUUUCCUUCCUGGCUUUCUGACAACAGCACUCAUUUUAGAUCAUGUUUCCUGGUCUCUACAAGAGCAGAACAUGGCAGUCACAGUAGCAGACGCCAGUCAUGUCCAGUAUUACAGUACGUACUAGUGCCGUUUUAGUGAGAGCAUAAUCUACCAGGCAACAGCGGCCUUGAACAAACCUGUUUGCUUCGUACAGACACCCCCAUAGACACUACCCAAUGGGAAACCCUCCUAGACUCACCUGUGGGUUACGUACGGAGAGUAAUAUGUGUGUAGCACCCCUUUACUUGUGAGCAUGUAGGGCUGCCGUGUCACUAACCAUCAAUUCACUCACUGGUUCACCUCCCUCCUCUCUUCACUGUCCGUCAUCAGAGCAUUUGAAACUAGUAGACUGUUUGAACAGUAGGCUAUUUAACUCUCUUUAAUCUAUGUGUUUGUGAUGGUGUGUUUGAGUGAAUUCUGCUGUAACAAUGAGCUGUGGUGUUCUGUUCCGUUUACUCUCUCUCUCUCUCUCUCUCUCUCUCUCUCUCUCUCUCUCUCUCUCUCUCUCUCUCUCUCUCUCUCUCUCUCUCUCUCUCUCUAUUUCUC